CACACUGUUCUGUGUAAACAAGUCUGCUUUGAGCUUGAAAGAUACUGAUCAUACGUGUAAUGUAAGAAGUGUGUAAUGUAAAAUUAUGUGUCAUGUAAUAAGCAGUACCGUAGUUCAAAGAACAGCGCGCAUACAUGUUUCAUUUAACCACACCCUUUAAGCUAUGACGCCAACAAAUAAAAUCCUUUCUCUUCUGUGUAAACGGAAGUGAACAGGUGACCAAAAAACAUUUCCACAUUAACGUUAAUAUUGUUGUUAUUUAGACGUUUAUUAACUCACUGGAACUUUACAAUAUGACCCAUUUAACUGCACAGCAUUACCUCGUGUAGUCUUUAAUUCGCAUUGGAGACAGGACUUGAUAAAUGUUAUCUAGGUAACGCUAGCUAGCUGCAAAAGUUAGCAAACAAUGGCUAACUGUAUGGUUUUUCACACUCAAAUAGCCUCCAUCAUGGAGGUGCUAGCGAAUGCAGCCGUGGCAGAGAUCUGUAAACUCGUAGACGACGACUAUGCAGUGUUACGUGUGGAAAUUUCUCAAAGCCAGAAAGAAAACAGGGGAUUACGGAGGAAACUACAACUACUGGAACUGAAGGUGGCACGGGAGCGCGCAGAGAGGACCAUUCGAGAGCGCGUCCUCGCUAGUCGUCCCAGUAGUGUCAAGAUCCUCGACAGAUACAGAGGAAUGGCAAGAGGUGAAGGACAUCUCACUGGAGGCCACAGGAGCUUUGUGAAGCCAGCAGGACACAACGCUUGGAGAGAUGACCAACCCAUAUCUAUAGAUGAGGGGAGUGGAAUCUCAACCCAGCAUGUUAUCGUAAUAGAGUCUGCAGAUGCAGAGGCUGCAGGUCCUGGAGGAUUGUCUCUGGUCAAGCAGGAGAGGACUGAAGGAGAUGACCCACGACACAGCAGAGACAUCCAGACUGGCGCAGUGGCUGGAGUGGCACCCCUUUUAGCCACGGAGGACCCCACCGCCCCACCCCAGCCCAGGAACCGACGCAGCAUCACGGAGGUCAGUGGAAUGCUGAACGCCGACCUCAAGUCAGAGACAGACAGCGAGAAUUUAACUGUAACACACAGGCUCUUACACACAGGACCUGACCAAAUGUCAGACCCAGAGAGACUGGGGCUGGGACCACUGGGCUGUCGUCCUGCUCCUGGCUCAGAGUAUUUGCUUUACGGUAUCCCGAGCCCGAGGAUGGUUCAUUACCAUCGGGACUCAGGUGACACGUUGGAGACUGGCAAUGAUCUGUCUUGUACUUACACUACAGAGAUGGACCCUGGCAACAUGCACUUGGGCUUAGAGAGACAAACUGAUCUGUCGCGAGAGGACUGGAACCAGUACAGUAGUAGUGGAUACACUGAAGGGUGCCUAGAUAAGAAAGGGGACGAUAUAGUGGUAGAUGAUGUGAAAGUGGAGGGCGACGCUCCUCUGACGUGGAAUGUAGACAAGACUCACUUAGGAGAAGGACAUUCAAAAGGCAGAGAUUUUUUAGAUUACAGGGAAAGCUUGGAGACAAAUCCAAAUGUCGCGACCCACUCCCAUUUGCACGUGCUCAGGGAUCGUGAACCUGUGCCCACGUCGACGGGGCCUUCCAAUUCACAUGGCUGCGUCCUUUUUGAUAAGGUAUUGAACUCAGAGGACCAAAGGGCCAAGGAGCAGGGAGGGAGACCAACAUCUGGCAAUAGCAAAGAGAAACGGUUCCUCUGCACGUUCUGUAACAAAGGCUUCAGCUGCCCCCAGAAGGUGGAGAUCCACCAGAGGGUCCACACAGGAGUAAAACCCUUCAGCUGUACCCAGUGUCAAAUGCGCUUUGCUGAGGCUGGCAACCUGAAGAGGCACCAGAGGGUCCACACAGGGGAGAAACCCUUCAACUGUACCCAGUGUCAGAUGCGCUUCACCCAGGCGUGCCACCUGAAGAGGCAUCAGAGGGUCCACACAGGGGAGAAACCCUACAGCUGCCCCCGGUGCGAUAUGCGCUUCGCCCAGGCUGGCAACCUGAAGAUGCACCUGAAGGUCCACACGGAAGAGAGGCCGUUCGCCUGUACGCACUGCGGGAAGAGGUUCUCAGAGAGGAGCUAUCUCAAGAUACACCAGCAGAAAAACCAUUCCACACGAUAGCCUCUGAUUUUCAUUGUUGUCAGCAGAAAAGAUCCACAGAUGCAUUUGGAAUAACGAGAGUAACACAUUUCAGUGUUGAAUAUUCCUAGUAGAAUAUUGCAUUUAGACAUUGUGUGAUAUAUAAGCCUAAAAAGUCUUACAUAUUGUGUUUGUACUGUGUAGGCUAUAUGAUGUUCAGAAUUGCAUGUUUCAUUACCUGCAUUCAACUACUUAAUUUUACUUAAUACUAUUUCUAUGAGAAACUACUAUUUCUAUGAGAAAAUGAAUGCGGUUUAUCAACUUUAUUGUGAUUUUUUUGUUAAGACAUUACAUUUACAUUUGAGUAAUUUAGCAGAUGCUCUUAUCCAGAGCAACUUAAAUCACAGUUAUAGCAAGUACAGUUUCCCUCAAAGUAGUUAUUAGUAAUAUCUGUGCAAGUAGGAAAAUACUAUUUGUAUUUAUUUAUUUUAAUGAUUCGGGGGGGCUUUCGGAUUAAUUUAAGAUUAUAUUUGAAGAGGUAGGGUUUCUGAAGAUUGUCAGUGAAUAUGCUGUCCUUGCUUCAGGGGGAAGUUGGUUCCACCAAUCGGGUGCCUGGACAGAGAAGAACAUUGCCUCGGCUGGCCAAGAGUCCAUAGGUGGCAGAACAGAAUGCUUGGGUUGAGGUGUAGGGUUUGAUUAUAGCCGGAAGGUAGGGAGGGGCAGUUCUCCUUGCUGCUCCGUAAGCAAGCACAAUGGUCUGCUAGUGGAUGCAAGCUUCAACUGGAAGCCAGUGGAGUGUGCUGAGGUGUUGGGUGACAUGGGAGAACUUGGGAAGGUUGAACACUCGGUGGACUGUGGAGUUCUGGAUAAGUUGCAGGGGUUUGAUGGCACAUGCAGGAAAUCCAGGCAACAGAGUUGUUGUAGUCUAGACAGGAGAUGACAAGCGCAGGGAUUAGGACCUGCAUUGCUUCCUGUGUGAGGAAAGGUCGUACUCUAUAGAUGUUAUAGAGCUCGUGUCAAACUCAUCACCCAUGUUGUAGAGCAUGAACCUGCUUCGAUGUUCUUUGCACUCUGGGAGGGGGACAUCAUGGUGGCGCAGCUUCAUCUUGUUAAGCUUGAGGUGGGUCGACAUCCAAGCUGAGAUGUCUGCCAGGCAUGCAGAGACAUGAAUGUGUGGUUUUCAUGUGAUGUAUUUUAACACUUAAAUGUUUAAUAAACACAAAAUGGGACUUUUCAUUCUAAGACUUUCAUUGAGACCCUUUAGUAUACUGUAAUCUGAUCUCACCCUAUUCUGCAUACACUCGACAGCGCUUUAUAACUGUAGUGGGGAUGGGUGAACACUUCAUGUUGAAAGUGUGU